AAAUGGAGCCCUCCCAUUCUCUCUUCUCCCGCAUUCGUCUGGCCACUCCCGCCGACGUCCCCCGCAUCUACAAACUCCUCCACCAACAAGCCGUCUUCUCACACCUCACUUACGACUUCUCCGCCACAGAAUCUUCUCUCUCCGCCACCCUCUUCAAAUACGCCCCCUUCACUUCCGUCACUAUCUUCCUCCUCGAAGUCUCCCCAAACCCCUUGACCCCCUCCGACCGUGUCAUUCACUUAGAGCAUCCACUAACCGAUCCCGAGCGCGAAACAUUCAUCUCUGAUAAAGUAAACGAUGUUACUGUUGUUGGGUUCGUUUCAUUUUUUCCGAAUUAUUCCUCAUUUCUCGCGAAACACGGGUUUUGCAUCGAGGAUUUGUUCGUGAGAGAGUGUUACAGAAGGAAGGGUUUUGGACGGAUGCUGUUGAGUGCAGUUGCGAAACAAGCUGUGAAAAUGGGGUAUGGGAAAGUUGAGUGGGCUGUGAUUGACUGGAAUGAUAAUGCUAUUAAGUUUUACGAAGAGAUGGGAGCUCAAGUGGUUGAUCAUAAAUGGCGUUUAUGGUGGUUGAGCAGUGCAGCUCUUGAGAAGCUUGGUGAGUGAAGCGGAUGUUAUUUCUUUAAUAUCAAUAAGCGUUUGUUUUUCGGGAGUUUCUAGAUUUGUUUGCUGGUCAUCGUCAUUAUAUUAAGAAUUGU